CCCAUCUCACUCCCACCACUCCUCACACCACAUCACACCACACCAAGCUCCAGAGCGAGACACCCAAGCAACCAGCCACCGCAAACAAACGCAGCCAGAGAAAGAAGAACAAGUCUUACGAGAAGGAGCCAGAUCCAUCAUCAUGUCGUCUAUGGCCAGGGAAGCGCUGCAGGCCGUGAUCCACAAGGAGGAGGAGGCGGUGGCCGUGGCGGCGACGAGCAGCAGUGAGGAGAGCGGCGCACACGGCGGGGUGCUGCAGGGGUGGGCCAAGAGGAAGCGCUCGCGCCCGCGGCAGCGAUCCGAGGAGGAGAACCUCGCGCUCUGCCUCCUCAUGCUCUCCCGCGGCGGUGGCCAGCACCGGGUCCAGGCGCCACAGCCGUCGUCCUCGUCCCCGGUGACUCUCACGGCCGCCGAGUUCAAGUGCUCCGUCUGCGGCAGGUCCUUCGGCUCCUACCAGGCGCUCGGAGGCCACAAGACGAGCCACCGCGUCAAGCAGCCUUCUCCCCCUCCUCCUCCUCCCACCGCUCCAGUACUCGUGGCUCCGGCCCCCGCUGCCAUCCCGACCACACCGGCAGAACCAGCCACGUCAUCAACCGACGCUGCCGGCGCUCCCGCCACAUCCAACAGAGUCCACAGGUGCUCCAUCUGCCACAAGGAGUUCCCCACCGGGCAGGCGCUGGGCGGGCACAAGAGGAAGCACUACGACGGGGUCAUCGGCAGCGCCGCGGCCGCCGCCUCGUCCACCGAGCUUCUGGCAACCGCCGCCGCCGCCGAGUCCGAGGUGGGGAGCACCGGCACCGGCGCCGCCGCCAGGGCGUUCGACCUCAACAUCCCGGCCGUGCCGGAGUUCGUGUGGCGGCCGUGCCUCAAGGGCAGCAGCGGCAAGAUGAUGUGGGAGGACGACGAGGAGGUGCAGAGCCCGCUCGCCUUCAAGAAGCCCCGCCUCCUCACCGCCUGAUUCAACUGAGCAGCAGCUAUGGAUGGAUGGGAUCCGAUCGGAGCCGAUCCGAUCCGAAGUUUUUUGGUCGAUCCAGUGGGGUGGAAUCAUGCAAUUCAGUCAGUCCGGUGUCAACGAUAUUCGUUCAUUCGUUUGGUUUAAUUUGUUGUUCCUGCUCCUGUACAGAUUGAGUGAGUGAUACAUGCAGUCAUAUACACACAUAGAUCAGGCAGUGAUUGAUAUAGGUCUUGUUGGUUCUUUGUAAGAUGGAGGAGCACUUGUGUCUUCCAUUCUCAUUGGUUCUGUCUGUAGCCGUCAGUACGCAUAUUGUAGUGCAUAGUUCAUACAUACUCCUGCAGAGAUUGAUCAUGAACUAGCAGUAGUACCCUGUAACAUACACAUGAAUGGAGAUUGAGAUUUAUUUAUUUGAAAAAUUCGCGUUC